ACGCCUACGGAAUUGCUACUCGACGCACAUGGACAUAUAAAGGAGAUAUCGAGCUAAGGAUUUACGAGCUCCUCCCCACCCAAGCACUGCAAUGGCUGGGCUAGCAACGCCUGGUGGAGGGCCUCCUCCACCGCCUGCGGGCCCACCGACACAAAAAGUGAGCGACGUCAUAACGAGCUUCCGGCCUCAAAGACGCUUCAAGUCCGGCGGCCACGGAACGUCCAUUACCUCGCUCGACUUUGACGACUCGGGCGAACUCGCCAUUGUAGCCCGCGACGACGACACACUGCAAAUCUACAACUGCAAAGAAGGCAAGCAUGCAAAAGAGCUCAAGAGCCAAAAGUAUGGCGUCCACCUUGCGCGCUUCAGCCACCACGCCCAGAGCAUCAUUUACGCCAGCACAAAGGUCGACGAUACUAUCCGUUUCCUCUCCACCCACGAUAACUCGUACAUCCGCUAUUUCAAGGGCCACACCGACACAGUUACAUCGAUUGCCCUGUGUCCGUCCAAAGAUGAUUUCAUCAGCUGCUCGCGGGACAACACGGUGCGCCUGUGGAACCUACAGUCGCCAAACUACGUUGGUAUGCUCAAUCUCCAUGCGCCAUAUCUUGCUGCCUACGACCCGUCAGCGACCGUCAUUGCCAUCGCCUCGCCGCCGACGCAAUCUAUCCUCCUCUAUGACAUGCGUAACUACGACAAGCCGCCAUUCGCCACGUUUGACCUGCUAGAGUACGAGCAGCGCUUCAUGGGAGGACAAAAGGUGGACUGGACAAAGAUGGAGUUUAGCAAUGACGGCAAGAGUCUAGUUGUAGCCACCAAUGGCAGCGGCCACUUCGUCCUCGAUGCCUUCUCCGGUGAUAUCUCGCACUUUUGUUACCGCAAAGCUGGAUCCUCGGGGCGCCUACCACCCGCGUCGUCCGUCACCAAUGUCAGUGGCGCUGCACAUAACGGGGACACGCCUGCAAACGGCCAAGGCGAUGUGUGCCUUACUCCAGACGGUCAGUUCUUGAUUGGAGGCAGCGGAGAAGACGGCCUGCUGGUAUGGGAUAUUUCCAAGCCUCCUGCGCCCAAUAACAUCUUAGAGCCAAUGGAGAAGCUUCCGGGUCAGGGCAAGGGUGCUGUUGUCGGGUAUAACCCUAGGACGAAUCUGCUCGCGAGUGCAGACAAGGAUUUGUAUCUCUGGCAGCCGGAUGCCGAUUUGAUGAUUUGAGGAGGGAUUUGAGAAGCCCAGAGUGCUACAUGGGUGUUUAGGGGAAAAAGAAAAAAAGUCUAGACAAGAAAGGCCGGACCUGAGCGAGGAAGGGGAUGCGCCAAAUAAAGUGUAAUUCGAGCAAUCUACCCCAAGGCCGUUGUGUUGGAAAACAGGUACAGCAAGUAGAUAGAUGGCCAUGGUGGAAUGCUGUCCUCGGUCCGAAUUGCGCAAAAUCCAUGGCCGAUGGUGCCUAUCGGAUGAGUAGUAGGCGAAAUGGGACUCUACGAAGAAGAAGGUCACGCUCCAAGAGCAUAGCAAUACAACCAAACCAGC